GCACAAACAUCGACGACCACCUCUGCGAGCCCCCCCGCCGCAUCGCAUCGCAUCGCCAUGGGCUCCGUCUUCCACGCCUUCCCGCAGCUGCGCACCGCAGCGCCGCGACUUGCCCGCCGGCUGUUCGUGUGCCGCCCCUGCCUCAAUUCGCCCGCCCGCGCCUUCCCCGUGCGAACGCCGCCCCGCCAGCCCUCGGUCCUCCAGUCCGUGAGAUGGACGUCGACGCAGCCAUUGAGGACCAGCGCCGCCACUGCCGAAGCCUCAGUUGCACCGGCCGCCGCGACGAGCAGCGCAAAGAGCAGUAGCUGGCCCAAGACGAGCUCCACGAGCGUCGCAUACUGGCUGCUGGGCAGCGCCGCGAGCGUCUUUGGCAUUGUCAUCUUUGGCGGCCUGACCAGGCUCACAGAAUCUGGCCUGAGCAUCACCGAGUGGCGCCCCGUCACCGGCUCCCUGUGGCCCGGCAGCCAGGCCGAGUGGGAAAGCGAGUUCGACAAGUACCGGGCGUCCCCCGAGUUCAAGCAGCUCAACUCGAGCAUGGACCUCGCCGACUUCAAGCAGAUCUACUUCAUGGAGUGGGCUCACCGCCUGUGGGGUCGAGCCAUCGGCAUCACCUUCCUCCUACCGACCGCCUACUUUAUCGCUCGUCGACGAGUCACGCCCUCAAUGGCCUGGAAGCUUACGGGAAUCUGCGGCAUGAUCGGCUUCCAGGGCUUUAUUGGCUGGUGGAUGGUCAAGAGUGGGCUCAAAGACGAUCUGUUCGCCGAGGGUAGCCACCCGCGUGUCAGCCAGUACCGCUUGACUGCCCAUUUGGGUGCUGCCUUUGCUGUCUACUGUUCCAUGUUGCUCACCGGUCUCGGCAUCUUGAAAGAGAACCGCAUGCUCGCCAAUCCUGCCAAGGCUUCUGAGUGGGUGCGUACCAUCCAGCAUCCUGCUCUGCGCGUGUUCCGAGGUUCCGUGGUCGGGUUGUCCCUUCUUGUCUUCACCACUGCCAUGUCCGGGGCUUUGGUUGCUGGUCUAGAUGCUGGCUUGAUCUACAACGAGUUUCCGUGGAUGGGCCUUGGUCUCACCCCGCCAAAGAAGGAACUUUUUGAUCCUUUCUACAGCCACGUCCCCGAUCAGUCUGAUCUUUGGUGGCGCAACAUGCUCGAGAAUCCUUCCCUCGUACAGCUGGACCACCGAAUUCUCGCUACCACUACAUUCACUGCCAUCUUGUCCUUCUUUGCCUAUACCCGCUUCUCCAAGUCUGUGCGAGCAAAUCUUCCCAAGGAUGCCAAGAACGGCGUUAUGGGCCUUGUCCACCUCGUCUCCUUGCAAGCUACCCUCGGUAUUAGCACUCUCAUCUACAUGGUGCCCACCUGGCUUGCCUCUGCGCAUCAGGCUGGUGCGCUAGCUCUCCUCACCGGCGCUGUGGUCCUCUACAGCAGGAUAUCAAUGCCACGACGAGCCAUCUUGCGCCAGAUCAUGAACAAGCCGCAAGCCCCCAAGAGUGUACAGGCUCAACCUCUCCGAUCGCGCAUUCCUGCUUCUCAAGCCGAAUCAUGAAUCUCCUGAAAAUGUAUAUAUAUGUACAACUACCUCAUUGUAAGAUGUAACCUGUCGCAGUAAGUGUACGUCUACGCUCAAUAACAUACCACCGUUUCAAAUAGUGUAAUAUCUCUUCACCGCGUGAUCCACAUCAAUUUAGCGUAGGCCAGGGGUAUGAGUGUAGACGAAGACGAAACACAGCCGACGUAGGCAAUUGUAUUGAAGUGCUAGAGAGGUGUACGCGGCUGCUGUUACAUUAUGGCAGACGCGUAUGGCGUCUAUUACUGACCAUCCUCUUGCAGAUCAUUUUGUCGAAUAUCACCUCACUACGCCAG